CAGGGCCACAGACAAGGCUUAGCUUCUGCCUGCAGUGGCCCGCACUCCUCGAGCCUCACCCAGCACCAUGAGCGGCCGAGUUGGAGACCUGAGCCCCAAGCAGGCAGAGACCCUGGCCACAUUCCGAGAAAAUGUCCAGGACGUGUUGCCUGCCCUCCCCAACCCGGAUGACUAUUUCCUUCUGCGCUGGCUCCGAGCUCGGAAUUUCGACCUGCAGAAAUCAGAGGCCAUGCUCCGCAAGUACAUGGAGUUCCGGAAGACCAUGGACAUUGACCACAUCCUUGAUUGGCAGCCCCCCGAGGUGGUCCAGAAGUACAUGCCUGGGGGCCUGUGUGGCUAUGACCGUGACGGCUGCCCCGUGUGGUAUGACAUCAUCGGGCCACUUGACCCCAAGGGCCUGCUGUUCUCAGUCACCAAGCAGGAUCUGCUCAAGACCAAGAUGAGAGACUGUGAGCGCAUCCUGCACGAAUGUGACCUGCAGACACAGCGGCUGGGGAGGAAGAUUGAGACCAUAGUGAUGAUAUUUGACUGUGAAGGCCUGGGACUGAAGCAUUUCUGGAAACCCCUGGUGGAAGUGUACCAGGAGUUCUUUGGCCUCCUUGAAGAGAAUUAUCCAGAGACCCUGAAAUCCAUGCUAAUUGUGAAAGCCACCAAACUGUUCCCUGUGGGAUACAACCUCAUGAAGCCCUUCCUGAGUGAGGACACUCGCAGGAAAAUUGUAGUGUUGGGAAGCAACUGGAAGGAAAGUUUGCUAAAACUCAUCAGUCCUGAGGAACUGCCUGCUUAUUUUGGGGGUACCCUGACCGAUCCAGAUGGGAACCCCAAAUGUUUAACUAAGAUCAACCAUGGUGGGGAGAUCCCCAAGGCUAUGUACGUGCGGGACCAGGUGAAGACUCAGUACGAGCACUCGGUGCAGAUCAGCCGAGGCUCCUCGCACCAGGUGGAGUACGAGAUCCUGUUCCCAGGCUGUGUCCUCAGGUGGCAGUUCUCAUCUGAUGGUGCAGACAUUGGCUUUGGCGUUUUCCUGAAGACCAAGAUGGGGGAGCGGCAGCGGGCUGGGGAGAUGACAGAGGUGCUACCCAGCCAGCGCUAUAAUGCCCACAUGGUACCCGAGGACGGGAGCCUCACCUGCCCAGAAGCUGGUGUCUAUGUCCUGCGCUUCGACAACACCUAUAGCUUUGUCCACACCAAGAAGGUCAGCUUCACGGUGGAGGUGCUGCUCCCGGAUAAGGGCAUGCAGAAAUAUGACGAGGAGCUCACCGCUGUCUAGGCAGCCCCUCACUCACCAGAGACCCCUGACCCUCUGCUUUCUGUUGAUAUAUCUCACUCUUCCCCCCAGAAAUUACUUGUCAGUCCUCUUGACUCUGUUACAUUACUGAAUAGAGAAAGGGCUGCCUUGGGGAAAAUUCAUAGGCAAUGGUCAGAUCAGGAAAGGUAUGAGAGGCAUAGCCCUGGAGGAUGCCGAGGCUGCAGAAGAGGAGGAAGCCAGGGUAAAAGCAAUAGGUGGGUGUCCUUAAAACCCAAGAAAUGGGAAAAUGAAUUUCCUAGCCUUUGUCCUUGCUUCUCCUAAGGCAUUUGUGUGUGGUUGAAUUUCAUCUGAUUUAUCAGCAAAUUGGGUUGGAGGUGUGUCUAAAUUCUUUUUACUUCUACUCCUGGUAUAGUAGAUACUCAGUGUAUACUUGUGGAGUUGAAUGGAGGUAGGGAGCAGGUGAUUCAUGGGUGUGCAUGAGAAGGAGUCUACCAGGGCAGGUUUCAGCACCUCGGACAGGGACAGGGCUGUGAUGGGGAGGGACUCUCCUGGAGACCCAGGUGAUCUAGUCCCCAGAUUUCUGGCAGUGGCUGCCCUCCUGGGUAGGUAGGAGAUGCUUACAGAAGGCUUUGUCUGACUUGGGGCACACAGCUUCCCCAACACAUCACUCCCACCCUCGCUGCCUUCCCUUGGAAUUCACAACUGUGUUUUAAGCAAUUAAAAGCACUUUCCUAGAAGCAAAGGAAGUCAUGUCUGGCUUGAGCUGCUGCCUGGUAAUAAUAAAAACAAACAACACAGCUGUCA